AGGGUAGUGUGUGAAGGUAUUCGACAAGCUCUUACAAACAUCAGUUCCUGCAAGAUCUCUGUGAAGACGAGCAUUGCUAGAAGCAAGAUGAACAGAUGGUGUUUUGUGUUCUGUUUCGCUUCUUUAGCUGGAGACAUGAUGGGAAGCGUUGACGGCUUCAUGGCGCUGCCAGCAUGCAGCCUGCAGCUGCGGAGGAGCGACAUGAAGCGCUGGAGCCAUGGCGGCUUUACGAUGAGGGACACGAUGACCCUGAGGCCGGAGGGUCGGGUGGUGCUGAAGCAGAACAACCUGUUCGAGGAGCGGGAAGCUGUUGCUGUGAGCGAGACCGCUAUGGAGCCUGACAAUCUGCAGACUUGUCUCCUCCCCAUCCUUGGGUUUCUCCUCAUGCUGGCUCCUCUAACGUACGCCUUCCUUGCCCUGGGCUCCGGCAGCAUCCCGAUCGAAGUUGACUGGGAGACAGCGAGCAUCCUCGUGUGAGGGGCGGGCGGAUCGGCACGCGUCUGAUGGGAUUCUUGUAUAUAUGUUUGUGAUGGUGU